CGAUACACCCCCUGGCCUCGUCUUUCACGACGACAGCUCUCACUUGUUCAGCACCGUGACCACGCCGCAAUCGCUGCGUCUGUCUGGUGGUACCAUCCCUGAGGCAUAUCGUGACCUAUAGCAGCUCGCGGCGAUGCUCGUGGUCAUCCAGUACGCCCUGCUGCUGCUGGCUGUGCCGACGUUGAUCUCUGCUAAACCACGUCUUCUCCCUUUCAAGCCGUUUACCGACACCCGCCUCCCGCCCUACGUCUGCAACGCCUCGACCCAUGACGUCGCCGACGACGGGGCCGCGCGAGCGGACUUCCUUGUCGUAGGGGCAGGUAUGUCUGGCUUGGCGGCCGCGCAUUAUCUAUAUGCGCAUACGGAAGCAUGCACUAUCCGCGUGCUUGAGGCGAGAAGUGUCCCUGGCGGCCGUGUUCGGACUACAACCGACGGUCCGUUCACGAACAUGGAGAUCGGUGCAGGAUGGAUACACGAGUAUAUGGGAAAUCCCAUGCUUGCCGUCGCUCAUGCGAUGCGCAUCAGGACGAAAUGGGUCGGAGGUGACAGUAGUUACGUCGGCGGCGAAGAGAAGAUUCAGAUAUAUGACGACAGGACCGUGCUGGACAAGAAGGCACGAGAACGGUCGUUCGACCUCAUGGACAGCCUUCUCGACCGCAUAUACGAGGAGAUUGACGAUCGCAUUGACGACCAUAUGCCUGACAGCUCGCUCCUCAGCACCAUCCACAACCUCACGUCAACUCUUUCUUCUGCGGAUAAGCGACUCCUUCGAUGGCACCUUGAUGUGAUCUUCGGCGGUGACUGGGCGGCACCGCUCAAGAACCUGAGUAUGAUGGCUCUUGAGCCUGGCCCGCUGGCUUACGAGGGCGGCGAUUGCGUCUUCCCAAAGGGAUUUAUGCAAGUUCCGCAGGCUUUAGCCCAAGGUGUGGACGUGGCUUACGAGGAGCCCGCUACGAACAUCAGCUGGCGCGACGAUGAAAUUCGUGUUGUCUCCGAGCGCGGAAAUGUUUGGCAGGCUAACAAGAUGCUCAUGACAGCAUCCAUAGGUGUCCAGCGUUCUUCGCUCAUCAAUUUUCAUCCUCCGUUACCCUCGUACAAGCAGCGUACACUUGACAAGUUCGGCAUGGCUUCACUUAACCGCAUCAUGCUCCGCUUCCCCCACGCGUUCUGGGUGAACGGGACCUAUACGUUUGGAUUUCUCCCGAGCUGGAUCUCUGACGAUGACCAGGAGGACGCAUGGGCAACGGAACCGGUCUUCUCUGUCGCGGUUGUCGCAGCAUAUGAGGAUCGCGAGGUCGUGGGUGGGGGCGCGGUGUUGACUUUCAUGAUCGGAGGCGAUUCCGGCUCGCAGAUCCUUUCGCACUCGGAUGCAUCCAUCGUAUCCCGUGUGAUGCGCCUUCUCAGGCGAACUUUCGGCUCGUCCAUACCAGACCCCACGGCCUACGCCAUCUCCGAUUGGGCAUCUGAGCCGUUCGCUCUUGGCGUCUAUGCCUACCUUCCCGUCAAUACAUCCGUGCACAUCGACGUUCCCGCGCUGAUUCAGCCUCUUUCGGACAAGAACGGCGUCGAACGGCUGUUCUGGGCAGGCGAAGCGACUAUGAAGGGCUCUAGUAGAGGCACGACCCAUGGCGCUUUCCUGAGCGGGAUACGAGAGGCUGCGCGGAUGAUUGGGCGGGACGAAAUCGUGGAGAAGGUCGUGAAGGCGGACGAGGAGGAUUUCCUGUCAGCGAAUAAAGCAAGGAGCUUCGGACGGCAGGCGAUGACGGCAAGGAGCAGCAAGCGUGGCAUCGUGGUAGAUGAUUGGUUCGGCGCAGGCGAGGACUCUUUCAGGAGCGAGAAGAUUCUAUGCGGUGAGUACAAAACCGAGGACUUACAGUUCGUAGUUCAGCGCGAUUAGUCGCAAUGUUCCUCUACUCUCCAAAGGACGGAGUAUCCGCUGCUAGUUUCACCUUCGUCAUCGACUGCCCAGAACGUGUCGCACCUGUAUUUAUAUGUAGCGUGUAAUACUUAUACCAUAUGCAUGUCUUGAUAAUAUCUCAUGUGUCCCG